AUGAUAAACAUUAACUGCUACUUGCGAAGAACUGACGGAAAUUAUGAGUAUAAUCGUCUCAUCCAUUCUCCCAACACAGACACCUGCAUCCUGAAGACUACAUUUGAAGCUGUGGCUGUUUCCACUGUCUUGGCUAAAACUAUUACUGUUGUACUGGCCUUUAGUGUCACUGCUCCAGGCAGGAGGAUGAGGCAGUUGCUGGUGUCUGGGGCACAAAACUCCAUCGUCUCCAUCUGUUCCCUGAUCCAACCCACUCUCUGUGGUAUCUGGACGGGGACAAAUCCACCUUAUAUUGACACAGAUACUCAGUCUGAACAUGGCCACAUCAUCAUCCUGUGCAACAAAGGCUCCCUCACCGCCUUCUGCUAUCUAAAUGGGCAGCCCAGCGAAUGUGUUUCUGCUACCUUGACACCAGGUGUCAUUUGCCACAUUAGUCACACAGAGAUACAAGGUGUUAUCAUUCUGGGAUGCUUGGAUCAAGUAAAUGACAAAGUAUCCAAAGAUGGUGAUGUGAUGAUUAGUGCCUUCUUUCCUCUUCUUACGAAUGAAUUCCACUUGGAUGGACGCUAUGGACCAUCAAUUGAAACAGAGCUGCAUGCCAACAACUACCAGUAUGUUCUGGCUUUGGUUUUUGCGAUUGAAGAGGUGAACAGCAAUGCCCAUCUGUUACCCAACACAUCCCUGGGAUUUGAUCUGUACAAUCUCUUUAAUGAUUUUAUAUCAUUGGAAACCUUUCUCACUUGGCUCUCAGGAUUUGAUGCGAAAAUCCCUAAUUACACAUGUAGAGGAGAAAGCAAGUCUGCAGUGGUACUUACAGAAACACCGUCAGCAGUAUCUUCUCUAAUAUGCACACUGCUGGAACUCUACAAAUUUCCUCAGCUUUCAUUUGGUGUUUUUGAUCCCGUCCUGAGUGACAAUGGCCAGUUUUCUUCUCUGUAUCAGAUGUCCCCCAAGGACACAUCUCUGACCAUCGCCAUGGCCUCCUUGAUGCUUUAUUUCAACUGGGACUGGAUAGGGAUAGUCAUCUCAAAGGAUGAGAAAGGUGUUCAAUUUCUCUCAGCUUUGAGAGAAGAAAUGGAAAGAAACAAAAUCUGUGUGGCGUUUGUCCAUAUUAUCCCUACCCAUAUAAAUGUAUACAUGAAUGGCUAUUAUAGAUAUAAUAAGCAGAUUGUGACAUCAUCAGCAAAUGUUGUUAUCAUUUUUGGAGGCUUUCAAAAUUCUGUACUUGCAAUUUUUAGGCGAUGGGAGUACUUCAACAACAGGAUAGUCUGGGUCACCACCUCCCAAUGGGAUGCUUCCACGAGUAAGAGACAUUUUCUCUUCAACCCCUUCCAAGGUACUCUCAUUUUUUCACAACAUCAUGAUGAAGUUUCUGGUUUUAAAAAUUUUAUCCAGACAGUGAAUCCUUCAAAAUACCCAGAAGACAUUUUCCUUGCAAGAUUGUGGUGGUUGCAUUUUAACUGCUCAGUCUCAGAGUCUACAUGUCAGUCCUUGGAGAAUUGUUCAUCAUAUGGCUCCUUGGAAUGGCUCCCGUGGUACAAGUUUGACAUGGCCAUGAGUGAGGGGAGUUACAAUAUAUAUAAUGCUGUGCACACUGUGGCUUAUGCCCUCCAUGAAAUGCUUCUUCAAGUAGAUAUAGAACUGAAGAAUAUUGGGAAAAGACUGGGAUUUUCUCCCUGGCAGUUGCACUUCACCCUGAAGAACUUGCAAUUUAAAAAUUUUAUUGGAGACACUGUGGACAUGAAUCAGAAAAGAAAAUUAAGUGCUGAGUAUGAUAUUCUCAACCUUUGGGAUUUUCCAAAAGGACUUGGACAUAAGGUGAAAGUAGGAACGUUUUCCCCAUACUUACCACGUGGUCAGCAAUUGUCUCUGUCAGAGGAAAUGAUAGAAUGGGCCACAGAUCAUAGAAAGCCUCCAAAUUCAGUAUGCAGUUCCAGUUGUAGCCCUGGAUUUAGGAAAUCCCAUCGGGAGAGAAAGGUUGUCUGUUGUUUUGAUUGCAUCCCCUGCCCAGAGAACGAAAUUUCCAAUGAGACCAAUAUGGAUAGGUGUCUGAAGUGUGCAGAUCAUCAGUACCCUAGCAGCAAGCAAAACCUCUGCCUCCAAAGGGCUGUGACUUUUGUGGCUUUUGAAGAGCCACUGGGGAUGUCACUGGCUACUAUGGCUCUUUGUUUCUCCCUUAUCACUGUUGUUAUCCUUGGGCUCUUUGUGAAGCACCGAGACACUCCCAUUGUGAAAGCAAAUAACAAAGCUCUCAGCUACACCCUGCUCAUCUCCCUCACCUUCUGCUUCCUCUGUUCCUUGCUCUUCAUUGGCCGUCCCAACACAGCCUCCUGCAUUCUUCAGCAGAUCACAUUUGGAAUUACAUUCACUGUGGCCAUUUCCAGUGUGUUAGCCAAAACUACUACUGUGAUUCUGGCCUUUAAUAUCUCUGCUUCAAGCAGCAGGAUGAGGUGGCUGCUGGUAUCUCAUACACCUAACUUCAUUAUUCCUAUCUGUACUUUGAUCCAAAUCAUUCUUUGUGGAGUCUGGAUAGGGACAAAUCCACCCUACCUUGACACAGACCCACACUCAGAACAUGGCCAAAUCAUCAUUGUGUGCAACAAGGGCUCCCUCACUGCCUUCUACUGUGUCCUGGGAUACCUGGGCUCCCUGGCCCUGGUGAGCUUCACUGUGGCUUUCCUGGCCAGGAACCUGCCUGACACAUUCAAUGAAGCCAAGUUCCUGACAUUCAGCAUGCUGAUGUUCUGUAGCGUGUGGGUCACCUUCCUGCCUGUGUAUUACAGCACCAAGGGAAAAGUCAUAAUGCUCAUGGAGGCCUUCACCAUUCAGGCCUCUAGUGCAGGGCUCCUAGGCUGCAUAUUUUUUCCUAAAUGCUACUUCAUUUUGCUGAGACCAGAAAUGAAUUCUUUGCAUCAAUUUAGAGCAACAGUUCAUUCUAAAGGCAAAAACUCUUAUUAA